AUGCAUCGUGUUGAGAUGGUCUGGUUACUACAAUUUAUUUGUCUAAUCGCACUUGGUAGUACUGGAAUCGAUGGUGCCCCUCAUUAUCAUAAAGGACGAAAGAAGAACGAUGAUCCAAUUCUGAUCGAAGUGAAUUGGUCACAGUAUGGCUUCCUUUUACAUACGAUACCCAGUUUGCAAAUUGUGACAAAUCCACUUGUCACCGCUGAAUUCUCACCUAUUCAUAAACAAGUCUUCGAUAAUUUGGCUCAGUUGAACGCUGAAUAUGUUCGAUAUGCAGCAUGGUAUCCUUAUCCGAAAAUGGCUGUUGCUGAGCUCGAUCCACCUUCAGGUUUAUUUCAAUGUGGUAAUGUGGCUCAGAAUUUUUCGGUGAAAUUAUCAUGCCAGCAAGGUGGUGGUGUGAUCAAUAGUGUGGACUUUGCUUCCUAUGGAACAGCUAAUGGUCCAUGUGGUCAAAUGAAACAGGGAACAUGCCAUGCAGCCAAUAGUUUAAAUAUUGUUCGACAAGCUUGCUUCGGUCAUGCAGAAUGCAGUGUAUCGGCAACAAAUGAUCUCUUCGGUGAUCCUUGUGUUGGCACAAAUAAGAGAUUACUCGUGCAAAUUCAAUGUAAUCCACCACAAAAUAAUACCUAUUGGGAUUUUACCUAUCUGGAUCCGACCGUGAAAGAUUUUCUCGAUGCUACCGAUGGUCAUUCACGAAUUAUGAUGUUUUCCACUCAACCAGUCUGGCUCUUUCAACUUAAUACGUCUCAUCUUUAUCCAGACAAUGUCACACAAGUCGAUUGGAGCUAUCCUCAAGGAUCUCAACUGAUUGAUGACACGAUGCAAGCUUUAGGCGAUUACUAUGGUCGACUGAUCGCCUGGUAUACACGAGGUGGUUUUAUUGAUGAAUAUGGCCAGAAACAUGUCUCGAACUACUCAUAUAAGUGGGACUAUACAGAAAUUUUCAAUGAAAUCGAAUUCGAACAUAAUAUGAGUCCGGAAUAUUAUACUCGAGCUUACGAUGCAGUUGUUCAAGGUAUUCGACGACAUACCAACAAUACUCAGAUGAAAUAUGUUGGCAUGGCACUUGGCGGUCACAAUGAGUUCGAACGAUAUCGUUAUUUUCUCAAUCAUUCCAAUCAUGCACCUGACAUUCCACUUGAUAUGAUAUCCUAUCACUUUUAUGCAUCGAGUGCAACAAGAACCAAUCCCGUUGAUUACGAAGCAUUCUUUCUUCAACUGGAUACAUUCACAUUUGAAGUGGAACAAAUUGAAGAGAUUCGAAAAGCACUUUCACCUGGAACCAAAACAACCAUUGAUGAAUUGGGUAUUAUUUUGCCCGAUGAUAAUAAUGUCGAUGCACCUGCAUUUCCAUUGAUCUAUUGGAAUGCUGGUGCUGCCUACUAUGCUUAUGCUUGGGCAAAAAUUGCUCGACAAGGAAUUGAUGUGGUUGGACACAGUCAAUUAGUUGGUUAUCCAAAUCUGCUGGACCUUCAACUGCAACCACAAUUUCCGAGUGUAGCUAUGCUUAACUGGACAACCGGUGAAGGGACAGCCAAAUACUGGACGUCGAAAUUAUUGAUUGAUACUGCCAAUAUUGACAAUGAUCAAGCAGUGGUCACUCAUACAUCCGAUAUCGAUGACGAACAUGUGUUUAGUCAAGCAUUUAUUGGUAAAAAUCAUCGACGAUGGGUGUUGAUUAUUAAUAAACGUUUUGCCAGUGUCGAUGUAUUCUUACCUGGUGCUACUGGUGGUACAAUGCAGAUCGUCAACGAAGCAUCUGGUUUUGGACCACCCAUAGAAACAAAACUCAUGUUAAGUCGAAUUACUUUGAGUCCAUUUGCAGUUGCUAUCGUUCAUAUGCCUAACGCUUAG